AUGGCCAUGAUUAACCCUCGAACGGAAAGAUUAGAAAAAGAAAAUGAGAAGUUAAAAGAAGACAUCAACCAUCUUAAGAAGGCCUACCUUAAAGAGAAGAAAAACGUUGGGCUGCUGAAAAGAAUCCAGGAUAAAGUAAAAGAGGAAAACCCUGAGCAGGAUGUUAUUUUCCUUCACUGUAUCAUCCAUCAGGAAUCACUGUGUAAAUCUGUAUUGCAGUUUAGUCAUGUCACUAAUCCAGUCGUAAAACUUGUUAACUUUAUACGCGCAAGGAGACUCCAGCAUCGUCAAUUCAUCGCUUUCCUGGAGGAAACUGAUGCAGAUCAUCAGGACUUACUUUACCACUCUCGUGUUCGUUGGUUAAGUUUGGGCAAAGUGUUUCAACGCGUGUGGGACCUGAAAGAGGAAAUCGGCGCAUUUUUGGAGUUCGUGGGGAAAUCUGACGAAUUUCCUGAGCUAAGCGACCAGAACUGGCUUUGUGAUUUUGCGUUUGCCGUGGACGUAUUUUCACACUUGAAUGAGCUGAAUGUGAAACUGCAGGGGAAAGAUCAGUUUGUGCACGACAUGUACAAACAUGUUACAGCCUUCAAAUCUAAGCUAGCUUUAUUUUCCAGACAAGUUGCAAACGCAUCUUUCACUCAUUUCACCACACUUGCCACACAGAAAGAGGCGACGCAAUACGCAAAGAAAUACAGCAAAUCACUUGAGGACCUGUACAAAGAAUUCAGUCGCCGGUUCUCUGAUUUUGAAAACAUUGAAAAGUCGCUUCAGCUGGUGUCCUGUCCGUUCUCGCAAAAUCCUGAAACAGUACCACCAGAGGUGCAAUUGGAAUUGAUUGAUCUUCAGUCUGACUCCACCUUGAAGGAGAAAUUCAGCACGCUUAAACUUAACGACUUUUAUGCUUCACUGAACGAAGCCACGUUUCCAAACCUCCGGAGGACGGCCCAGAAGAUGCUGACCUUGUUUGGUUCGACCUACUUAUGUGAGCAAACAUUCAGUGUCAUGAACAUAAACAAAGAUCGUCACAGGUCCAGGUUAACUGACCAACACCUCGGAUCUAUCCUGAGAAUCGCCACAACAAAACUUACUCCAGACUUUGAUGCACUGGCAAAACAGGGAGAUCAACAACACUGUUCCCACUGA